UGGGACGUAAAAAAAAAAAAAAAAAAAAAGAGGCGCGUGCUCGUGUUAUCACUGUCUCCUCAGGGGAGGUAAAUAAAAGGUUUUCCCAAAGCUCAUCAGUGAUGAAGUCUGCUAGGUGAACGCAGCUCGGUUCUGACGCGCAGAGCUGCGCUCCUGCUCGCACCUUGGACCAUUUUGGACAUUUGAGCGCUGCCUCAGACGCUGUCUGCUGUGCGUCUGUCCGAUGAUCUCACGAUGCGUUUGAAAAAUGCCGCUGCUUGUCGCGAAUGUUGCGGAAAACUUUUAGAGGACUGUUCGCCUUGCUGCUGUUAGUGUUGGAGUGGACCCGUCCAGGCCUACUGUCCCCACUAAGGCCAAUCUGUGACCUGAGAUUCUUGAACCAUUUCAUUCAGGAAGCACGAGACGCCGAAGUCGCUAUGAAGUCAUGCAGAGAAGGAUGUGAUUUGUCAGAGUCUGUCUCUGUUCCCAAAACUAGUGUCAACUUUGAUGAAUGGGAGAAGAAAGACGCAACGGAGCAAGCUCAGGAAGUGCAGAGUGGAUUGUGGCUUUUACAACAGGCCCUCAACUUACUACGGACAUCGAUGACAAACUCUGACCUUACCAGCCAUAUAGACACUACCGUUGGAAAUCUGCAAAGCAUCACUAAUGUACUACGAAGCCUCAACUUUCAAGAAUAUACCCCACCUGCCAGUACUGUGGGAAUGGAGGGAACAUGGACGGUGUCCUCAGCAGCAGAACUGCUUCAAGUUCACCACAAUUUCCUGCGAGGCAAAGUACACCUUCUCCUUAAGGAUGCACAGCCAUGCAAGCAAGACGUCAGCUGAUCAGCAGACUGGCUCACUCCAAGCCAAAGUACUUUGUGUUUCCAAAGGCACGUGGUGGAACUUGAUAACCUGCACAGUGGCAGCUGGAUGCAGUAUAGGACCGGCCCUCAAAUAUAAAGAGGGUGGAGGGAAAGGAUUGUCCCUGCAAGGCUUUGGAUGGACAGGAGAUGACUGCGCCAUGGAAUGUAAAUGUGUCUCGUGAACGUGUUGUAGCACACACCUACCAAAAAGAUACCGAUGGAAAGCACUGCUCCAAUCGCUGUUCUACAGGCACGCUCUUGCACUUUUUGAGUUGAUGUAAACGUGUGAGUCGAGACUGAAUUUUUCAGUGUCUGUCUGGUCACAGUGGUAAAGCAGAACCAAACACCCUGGAAUUAUUAAUAGCACCUGGAAAUUAGACUCUUAGGUUACAAAGAAGCAAAACUGGGACUUCACCAACAUGCCUUUGACUUUUAUUUAACUAUGCCUCAGAGAUAUUGUCUGUUAGAAUUGGUCAGUAAAAUAUUGGAUUUUUUUUUUUUUGUUGUGUAGGAACUAUUUAUACAGAUUUUCUAUUUUUAGGCUUUUUAGUCUUUGUGUAACAGGUCCUUACCAUUUAAAACUACCGCGUUGUCAUGCUUACCUGUUUUUGUACACUGGAAAUUUUGCACAUGUGCAAAUAUUUGCAAUAUAAAGCUGCUCUGACUUUUUUUCUAAACUCUGUAUCUGAACGUCUGUGUUAAACUGCAUGGUUUUCUCUUAACAGGCAGAACAGAGGCACGCAAAGCUGAUAGUUGUAGUGUGAGAGCCAGAGGUCACUGCAUGGGAACUGUUAUCUGUGUUUUAGAUUCUGUCUAACCCCAACACUCAUCCUGACUCCAACCACUGAUAGCUAGACUGCCUGGAAAGUUUUACAAUUAACAUCCUGUAGAGCUGUAAUUGCAAAAAAAAA